AUGGAACAGAGAAAGAAUGAACGACAUAGAGCAGAUGACGAUGUUUUGACAUUAGUGAUAAAACUUUGCAUUAUAUUACGUUUAGGACGUCAAACGACUACUCCAGGGUACAGGAAACGUGUCUUCACCAGACGCUCACAGAAGCUCUAUAGACUAAAGUAUGAUUCAGCCAGUUUUCGUCGAGGUCUUCAUGAACCCUGGGAAUGGUAUGACAAAUGCGCCAAACGAAAUCGUGUAGGACUUUUCACCGCUGAUCAAAAGCUGAAAGGGAAGACAUGUAUUUACACCCGACAAAAUGCAAAUGGUGCUCGUAGUGGCUAUGAAUGUCCUGAGGAACGAGAUUACUAUCCUUACUGGCAUCCUACUGACUGGAUUGAUAUGGCAGUGUUCGCUUUUAAUGAAAGCAUGUGCAAGUAUUAUAAAGAAGAAAGUUUCAACGUCAAACCUAAGCACGAGUGCCUUGAAUACUACCCCAAGAAAUCAGAUGGUUUUCGACAUGACUCGGUUUACAGCAACAAAAUUGACUGCGAAAACAAUGGAGGAUUUUGGGUUCCAUUCAGCAACUAUUUAGAAGAAUAUCCUGCGCAUCGAACAGAGCAAGAAUGCGCAGCCGCAAGUUCUGAUAAACUUCGUCUUGUCUGGGCCAUUCCUUACCGCUCUGAAGAUAUCGAUAAUUUGAAGAUGACUGGUAAUGAUGUUGAAUCAUUAAAACGCUGUUUGGUUGCACUCGAUCCACCUGAAUGCAAGGUAGUUCCGUAUACAAGAUCGAAUCAUUUAGGGAAUGCCCGUGAUGUAGUUCCACUUCGCUACAAUUGGGUUCUUCCAUAUUUUCCGUCUGCUCGUACACAAAGAUGCGUUCUAAGAAUAAGGUACAAUAUUUCUACGGGAGAUUAUCCACCAUUCAGCACAUUCGGCGACAAGAAUGAUAACCCGGAGAACGGUGUGAAUUCGCCAGUCAAAAACAAUCCAACUGAAAAAAUUGGCCAAGUGCAGAUGCCAUUGCAACUUGCAAUCAACACCGCACAGUUUGGACGCACUUUUCAAGACAGAUCACAUUUAUUCAAACUUAUACCAAGACCCAAGACUGUGUCAGAUAAUGACGUCAUCUAUAAUUUGAACGUACGAGGAAAGCGCGGGAAUAUCGUUCAAACAUUUCCGGCUGUGGAAUACGACUUUAUCCCAAAACGAUUGAAAGUUUCAAGUACAAGUCUUGUCCAUAUCGCGUGGACUGGUUCCAAUAGCAAUCCCCAGGGAAACGAUGGCCAGGGUACAGCAGGUUCGGAUCGAAACAACAUUGUAGAAAUGAGAGAUCCAUCUGUGAGCUACCCUUUAGACUCGGGAAAGCCACUGAAAAUGUUCAGGAACGCUGAAAUUGUCUGGUCAGGGGAUGAAGAAACUAAGACUGGUCAAGAUUUGGUAACAAGCAUGGCUUCCUCGGGUUACUACAGCAGCGUACAGUGUUACCAUACCAAGGCAUGCACCCCGAGGAAACAGGUUCUUAAUAAAUUGUUAAACAACGCCCCAGCUUCCUAUCGUGGCGUGCUUUUGCGAUUUGCCCCGGGCGAGUAUUACUACAUGUGCACAAGAAAUAACAACUUCAGUAAUCGUAAUCAGAAAGGACGACUUGUUGUUCGUGUCUAA